GAUUCCUUUCACACUUAACGUAAACAGGAACUCACAUCUACGAAUUCUGUAUAUAAUUAUAUACUAAAUGGCACACAAUUACCAGCUGCAUCGCACCAUCAAACAAAGAAUACGAAUAUGGAUGCGCUUGGAAACCAUCUAGAGUGUCAUAACAUCGACAGCUCUGAGUUACAUGAUUUCAUAGAUGAUGCAAACCUUGAUCAAUUCAUUGAUCUUAUUCGCGGUGGCGAAGGUGAAGAUCCGAUAGCUAAUUUUGAUUGUGAACUUAUGAUCAAUGGCUGCUUGGAUGAUUAUAACCUGUUCGGUCCAGCUAGUACUACUCCUCCAAGUCCUAUGUUUGGUUUCAAUGAUGCAUUUCUACCUGACCCGAGCACUUUUGUGUCAGAAACAACAAACACAAACACAACCACGACGACAACAAAGAGGCAAAAGGUUGAUCGGUCACGAACUUUGGUGUCAGAGAGGAAGAGGAGGGGGAGAAUGAAGGAAAGGCUCUAUGCAUUGCGGUCCUUGGUUCCUAACAUAACUAAGAUGGACAAGGCCUCCAUUGUUCGAGAUGCUGUAUUGUAUGUACAAGACUUGCAAAUGCAUGCUAAGAAGUUAAAUGCUGAGAUUGCAAACCUUGAAGCAUCAUUAGCAGGAGGAUAUCUACAAGGAUCAACCAAAACUAAAAACAAGAAAAAAGUUUCAGACAAUAACCAUUUAGCUUCUAAAGGCAUCAUUCAGAUAGACGUGUCUCAAGUGGAGGAAAAAGGUUUUUAUGUGAAGGUGACAUGCAACAAGGGACAAGUAGUAGCUACAGCACUUUACAAGGCUCUCGAAUCUCUUGCACGCUUCAAUGUUCAGAGUUCUAACUUAAACACGGUUUCAGCAGACAGAUUUGAAUUCGCAUUCACUUUGAAUCAGGCAAAGGAUUGCGAGCAGGGCAUCAUCAACUUGCCAAAUUUGAAACAUUGGGUGGCUGGGGCUUUUCUGAACCAAGGCUUUGUAAUCUGAGGAUUGCAAAAAGUUCGAGUUAUAGAGGUUGUAGUCAUCGAAGAGCCAAGAACGCCUGCAUUGCAUGCAUGCACGUAACCAGCUGAUAUUAUGCUGACAAUUAGUUAAUUUUAACUGUCAUCGAUCCCAUCGACGUAUAAUAUAUCUUGGCUGCUCCCAUCGACGUAUAAUAUAUCUUGGCUGCUCUAUCUCUGAUUAUUAUUUUUCUUUGUUUCUAGAAACAUGUUUGUGGUUUUGAGUGUUGAGUGGUGACCGUGUCAAAAGGAGAGGAUCACUCGUGGGCCCUUGCUCACCCACACUCUGCUUAUACGAUUGCAACUUAACCUUAUGAAUUUUCUUGGGCUACUUCAAUCAAUCAUUUCAAAUCGUUGGGUGAAA